AUGGACCUCAGAGUUGGAAGAAAGUACCGAAUCGGCAGGAAAAUCGGCAGUGGGUCGUUCGGGGACAUUUACCACGGUACAAACCUGAUCAGCGGCGAAGAAGUGGCCAUCAAGCUCGAGUCGAUACGGUCUCGGCAUCCACAACUGGACUAUGAGUCGAGGGUGUACAAGUAUUUGAGCGGCGGGAUCGGGAUCCCCUUCAUCCGGUGGUUUGGCCGCGAGGGCGAGUACAACGCCAUGGUGAUCGACCUGCUGGGACCCUCGUUGGAGGACCUGUUCAACUACUGUCACCGCAAGUUCUCGUUUAAGACGGUGAUGAUGCUGGCGCUGCAGAUGAUAUGUCGCAUCCAGUACAUCCACGGCCGUUCUUUCAUCCACCGUGACAUCAAGCCCGACAAUUUCCUCAUGGGCGUCGGUCGUCGCGGGUCCACCGUGCAUGUCAUCGAUUUCGGGCUCUCCAAAAAAUAUCGCGAUUUUUCCACGCACCACCACAUCCCAUACCGCGAAAACAAGAACUUGACCGGUACCGCACGUUAUGCUUCUGUCAACACGCAUCUGGGGAUCGAACAAUCCCGCAGAGACGAUCUCGAGUCUCUGGGGUACGUUCUAAUCUAUUUUUGCAAAGGUUCCUUGCCCUGGCAGGGACUGAAAGCCACCACGAAACGUCAGAAAUACGACCGCAUCAUGGAGAAGAAGCUAUGCAUCAGCGUCGAGCAACUGUGCGCCGGCUUACCUGUGGAAUUUGUCGAGUACAUGCGUUACUGUCGCAACCUGAGAUUCGACGAGAGACCAGAUUACCUGUAUCUGGCGCGUCUAUUCAAGGAUCUCAGCAUCAAGUUGGACUACCACAACGACCAUCUCUUCGACUGGACCAUGUUAAGAUACACCAAGGCAAUGAUUGAGAAACAACGCGCUUUGGGCCAAGUUCCCAUGCCAGAAGAGGGUAAGGACGAUGAGUCGAAGCAGGACUCCUUCGACCGUGUAAAGCAACUGGCCAUGAGAAAGUUUUCCACGCAUUUCCACUACUGCAAGUCUGAAGACAAGCAUCAUCCAUCUCCAGACGAAAUCAAGCUACAAACUGCGCAAAAUAAUCAGGCCGCGCCAUCCAUUCCGCAGGAUCUAUUGAGCGCAAUCGACAAAGACAUGGACCAUCUCAAGCAAAACGUUGCCCAGGCUCCGGAAGCCUCGGCACAACAACCACAACAACUGUUGCAACAACAACAACAACAACAACAAGUACAGCAACAAAAACAACUACAACAGCAAUCUCAACAUCCCCAACAUUCUCCGCAGUACCAAAAUCAAGCAGACUUUCAAAGCCGGAUCCCCGUAGCGGAGCCUCUCUUGCAGACUCAAAAAGAUGCGGAUUACGACGACUUGAAGCGCACGUUGGACAUGCUCAACAACGGCGGGAACACACAACUCGUUCCAACGCGCAAGCCCACCACUCAAACCACCAUCACGCAGUAUCCGCCUGCUAACAACAAACCUUCGGGCGCCGACAUCUGGCUGUAA